AUUGCGCGCCGAUUUCUACUUCAAUUCACAAGAUGAGUGAUAUUUCUUUGGAUUAUGAAGGCAGUUCAGAUGAUUCACGAAGUUCAAGAUCAUCGUCGAGAGAGAACAGAAGAAGAACGAAUAGUGGCAGCGGGGACAAAGACAAACCAAUGUGGAAGUCAAAAAGAGAUUCCUCCAGAAGUAGUCGAAGUAGAAGCCGUUCAAGUUCCGAAUCAGACUCCCGUUCUCGAUCUUCAAGCCCAGUUGUAAAAAAUUCGCCUCCAAAACGAAAACGAGAGCCAAUUCGUGCUCCGAGUGCCUCACCGCCACGAAGACGUCGUGAUGAUUCUCCAAGAAAACGAAGCCGAUCUCCACCACGUCGUACUCGUCGUAGUCCUUCUCCACCAAGACGUCGUCGAAUUUCAAGGAGCCCAGUCAGAAGAAGCCGAUCUCCACCACGACGUCAAGUUUCCAGGAGUCGAUCUCCUCCUCCGAGAAGACAACAACGCUCAAGAAGUCCACCACCAGCAAAACGUAGACGAGAUCAGAGCCGUUCAAAGUCUCCACCAAGAAGAAAUUAUAGACAACGACAACGAAGCGGCUCGCCGCCUGUUAGAAAUUGGAGGGAUGAAGAAGAAAAUCGUAGAGCUGAAAUGUGGUCAAAAAGACGUUUCCAGCGAGUUAAUAUCCAAGCCGAUGGCCUGAAUAACAUCUGGGGACAUUCGCCAACUCAUGAGGAGAUACAUGACACUUAUAAAUUGAGAGUUGCGGCUGAAGAGAUUCAAGCAGAAAAUGAAAAGAAACGAGAAGAACUGAAAGAAGAUAGAAGGAAGGAGAAGAAAAGAGAAAUGAGAGCAGUUAGAAAUGUUUCUGAAGACGAUUCUUCGACAUCUUCUGAAUCGGAGGAAAGUGAUUUUGAACAGAAGAAGAAGAAGAAGGUGAAGAAAUCAAAGAAAAGUAAAAAGGAUAAAAAGAAGGAAAAGAAAGAGAAGAAAAAGAGCAAAAAGGCAAAUAAGGAGAAAGAAGAGAGAAGAGCUCGUCGUGAGCAACGAAAGAAAGAACGUGCUGAGCUGAAGAGAAAGAUUAAUAAUCGUUCUGAUACUGAAGAAGAAUGGGAAGAAAAGCAGUCUGAAAAGAUUGUUGGCACGAUUGGAACAUGGAAAGAAGGAAGUAUGUCACCGACGCCAAUUCUCCCAGAACAUAUUAAACAACGUGAUCAAGGUGGUGGUUAUGAUGUUGAGAAGCCCGGAAACUAUGGUAAAGAUCUACUAAAAGGAGAGGGCGCCGGAAUGGCUGCGUACGCGGCUCGCGGAGAACGUAUUCCACGACGAGGAGAAAUCGGUUUAUCGUCUGGAGAGAUUGCUGAAUACGAAAAAGUUGGUUAUGUGAUGUCCGGAUCUCGACACAAGGCAAUGGAGGCGACGAGAUUGAGAAAAGAAAACCAGGUGUUCACCGCCGAAGAGAAGCGUAUAUUGAAUAGUGUCUCAGUUGAAGCCAAAAAGAAGAAGGAGGAAGCCGUCCUGGACCAGUUCCGAAACUUGAUUCACCACAAGAAUAUGCGAAACUGACCCCCCAUUUGAAUUUUUUAAAGUUUCAUUCCCUGGUUUUCAAAAUAAUUAAAUGUUUACCUAUU